AUGACGGUCGAGGAAGCUACGUCCAAAGCCCGGGAUGAGGCCCUGACCUACAAGAGCGCGGCUGCUGACCUUGGUAAGGAGAAGGGCCUCCUCCAGACUGAACUCGCCUCUGCCCGGGAAACCUUUCAAAGGAUGAAGGUGGAGUGCGUGAACAGCGAGAUUGCCAGGAGCGCCGCUGAGGAGGCCAGGAGGAAGGCUCUCGAAGAUCUCGAGGUGGAGCGGGCUCGAUCCCGCAGCUUUUCUGACGACGUUGAUCGUCUGAAGAGGGCACUGCUGGAAAAAGAUGGGGCCAUUGUGCAAGCCGGGCUUAAGGACGAGCUGCUGGCUGCCCAAGUUGAGGCUCGCUCCGCCAAGCGUCAGCUCGAGGGGGAGGGACCGAUCGACGUUCAGUCCUCAAGGCCUCCAGUAAAGGAGGACGGGGUCGACCGUGACAAGCGGCGGCAAUCCGCGGAAAAGCAGAAGUUGAAGCGGACGCUUGAGCAGGCCCAACCUUCAAUGGAGAAAAGGCUUAAAGCGGGCGCGGCCUCCAGAGAUUCGGGCUCCUCCGACCCUCGUCCGCCGACCGGUGCUGAGAGCGCCCCGCCUCGUCCCCUAGCGGGUGAGUCUGCCCCGUCGUCGCCAAAGCGGGUCGAUGCGAAUCACCCUCAAGGGCAGGAGGGAGCCCCCGAGCCUCCCCGAUCGGGGGUUGAGGCCGAUCCUAUCACUAUAAGUGACGGGUCAGGCGGCGACGGGUCCUCGAGGGACGCCUGCCCUAUGGACGAGGAGGUCGAGGCCUUUCCCAUCGCGAAGCGGACGCCUUGGCCCAUCGGGGUCCACUCUAUCGAAGAGCAGAGGAGGAAAGAAGAAAGAGAGCGCGAGCAGAAGACACGGCAACAGCCGCAGGAGGAACAACAGCUGCACCUGAAGGAAGGAGAAGUGGGGCAGCCGUCAGCAGAUCCCCAGCUCGAGGAGCUGUUGGAGCAGGACCGUCGCUAG